AUGGACAACGUGGCCCAAGGGAUGGUUAACAUUGGACAGCCAUGGGCUACCGCUCCUAGUCGGUUUGUGAUUCCUAUGGACGGCACCACGGGGCAAACAGGAGUCAUACCUGGGAUUAGUGGAACAGGUGUAGUGGCGCUCACGCACAUGGAGGACGGAGCAUCGACAACAGGUGAUGUGCAACCGGUCGCGCUUUUUACGAAUCCACAGGGAGUCUACAAUACAUUUUCGGGGACGUGGGAUUCACCACCUGGUCACGUAUGGAACGGUAAAUAUUGGUAUGAACCGAGGAAGGCUGAGCGUAAACGGUUAGUUGUGAGUGCGAAGUCGAGUGGUGGCCAAGAACCGAAGAACGCAGGCGCCAAGAUCAAGUUCAAGAGAAAUCGCGAACUCAACUCCAGUGAUGAUGAGGAGGCGGCGAAGCCAAGGAAGAAGCGUUUGAAGGCGGCUGUGCGACAGACGACGACGGAUGACAAAAAGAAGAACAUUGUGAAGUCGAACGGGGUUGAACGAUCCAACAGUGGGCAGCAAGCGCGUGGCAACGAACAAGCCAGCAGCGUUACAUGCUUCCGAUGCGGCCAGGAAGGGCAUUGGUCGAGACAGUGCACGAGUCAACCUAGACCGAAGUGUUAUGCGUGCGGGAAGCUCGGACAUUAUGCUCGUAACUGCACCGAUACCGAAGCCAAGGCACGGAACGACGAGUACAUGAAGCAGCGAAGUCAAGAGCCACUACCAACAGCGGGAAACGCGAGUCGAGCGCAGUAG